AUGUCCGAUGAUCAACCGGUAAUCAAAAUUCGGCUAAGCGGAACUCAUUGUUGCGAAAGUGAGGAAAAAGUGGCUCAUUGUGAGCGCUGUGUGGCGGCUCACGGGAACUCUUCAUCUCCAUCAACGAUCGCUCCCUCCCCAGAGCCAUCACCGAUCGUCACGCCAAGAGAGAGAAAAACCCCAGUGGCGCUUACUUCUUGUGUCCGCAUUAUGAGACUCAUUUCCAGCAAUGUCGCCACUCGAAACAUGGAGAGAAACGCGGGCUCUUUCGAGGAUUCGACUCGUCAUGAAUCCAGAAUGAGCUUUGACGAGCCGCAGGAACUCGACUACUCGAGCAAUGGAAAUGAAAGAGAUCACAUCGAGGAACACCAAUAUCACGGUGAACAAGUUCAUGAAGAGAAUCACAAUCAUUAUAAACAAGAACAAUAUCAUUAUGAUCCCGAGCCGGAACCAGUUCACGAGGAAGUCAUUCAAGAGGAUCAUCUCGAUGAUUUCAAGAGGAGCCAAGUACGAGAUGAGGGUGAACAAGAAGAAAAAGAAGAGAAAGAAGAGAUUGCCGAAGAAGAGGUUGCACUAGAAGAAGAACAUGUUAAUGAGCCAAUAGAUGAGAAAGCUGAGGAAAACGAAGCACGGGAGGAGUCGAUCGAUCACCAAGAGAAUCAUUCGGUUUCGGAAGCGAUUAUCGAAUUUGGUGAUGAAAAGGAAGAGGAAGCUGCACAUCAUUAUCCUCAACAAAACUAUCAAGAACAUGUGCAUAUUUCGCAAGAAUCGGAGAUUCAUGAGAAACAAAAUGAGAACAAGACACCGAGUCCACCACCAUCAAAAGGAAAAAUUGUCAAUGAUUUCAAAUUUGAGGAAUCAAAGCCGGCAAUUAAGGAGGAUCAAGGAGAGAAAGAUAUUAAACGCGGCACGGUGAAAGGCUUGAUCAAUAUGUGGAACAAUCCGGACGAGCUCACGAAAGGGCAAAACGCAAUGUUGUUCCGUAGUAAAGUUAAAAUCUCAAUUAAACCAUUUUCUAAAGAAGUGGAAAUUACCUCAAAUCAACCUGUUGCUUACAGAAUCCCGUAUGGUGUUGCUGGAAGCGAGAAACCCCGGCGACAGUGCGCAACAAUUGGUGCGAAUGAUCGAGAAAGAGUCGUUUUUUCCAAUUUC